GCACUUCUGUGGGUGUUUAACCAAAGAAUAGCACUCUACGCAACAUGGAUGCCAAGUUGCUGUACUGGGCUGGCUCGGUUGUUUAUGCUUCAGCAGCUUGUCUUAUGUCAUCUCAUGGAGUUCCUCUGAAGUGCAAUUAUGGAAUUUGUUUCCAUUAAUUUUACUGGCAUUCUUUUCAUGGAUGAGAGAUCUUCCGAUGAUGUUUUGAAGCUGCUUGUUCAUCAGAUGAGUAAGGCAAGCCGAAUAUGUCCAGAAUUCGCGAGCACAUGGAAGCCUGAGGAUGCACUUCAACCUUACUGUUGGUGUGUCAGAUUGGGUUACCGAGCAAUCCUCAGGUGCUGGUUCGAACGAAUUUCAACAUCAGAAGAACUUUUGUACAGGAUAAAAUAUCCAAUCGGCAUCUAUCCUUUUUGCCUUAUUUGGGAAUGGUGCUUUAUGGAGUUUAUAAAUUCAUAUAGGUCUUCCAUGCACCAUGGAUGACAAAAUUUUGUGGAUUAUAAUCUGAAUCCCGCACAUAGGAGAAUCACAAGCUUGGACGGUUUUCAGGUUUACAAUGUUUAAUGUGAUCAAACAUGGCAGGGUAAAUAUUCUUAUUCUUUUAUUUUAUUUAUCAUAGCUUUGUACAUGUGUGCAAUUUUCUCUUUUCUUCCUGGGUCCUCAAAAGGAAAUAAUAGAUCCUUGGAGGGGAACCAUCUUUUUGAUAGAUGUAAAAGAGAUGCUUACUGAAUAUCCAUUUAACAUGUAAAAUAUUAGAUAAUGCAAGUCCUUUUAUUUGAUUUUUC